AUGGUCGAAGCGGCGCCAAAUAAUCCUAAUGACUUGUUUACCGGAAAGACCGUCGAAGAAAUCGGACAGAUUGAGAAGAAACUCCGAAAUGAUAUUGAACGGAAGAAGGAAGACCUCCGCCAAAUGGUCGGUGAAAGAUAUCGCGAUCUCAUCGAAGCUGCUGAUACAAUAACAAUGAUGAAGCAUCAUUCUCGCUCGAUAAAGGACUCUAUCGCCAAUCUUCGGGAGCUGCAGAAGAAAGCAAAAGCGGCAGAUGUCUCGAAGAAGCAGAGCGAGGCGAAUGUUGAUAUUCGCUACAGAGCUACAGCGGCUACAAUCCGAUUUCUUACCUCUUUACCAGAAAGAAUCACUCAGCUCUUGGAAGAGAACAAUGUUCUUCUUGCUGGGCAGUGCUUUAUAAUCGGCUCCAAAGUCAAACAAUCCUUGAUCCAAGAAUCUGGCGCGAGUGGGAUUCUCGUCAUGGUCCCUAUUCUCAAGUCAAAACUCGCAAAACUCGAAGAUCUCCGAACAAAUAUCAUCGCCGCGGCGAAGGGGUCCCUAAAAGCUGCUGAUUUAUCGCCCGAUGAAGCCGCUACAGCUCUCUUGACCAUUUCCUUCAUGAAAAAUGAGAAGCAAGAAUUUGAUUUUCUUUCCGAGUUCGUCAACUGUCGCGUCAACGGACUCUCACAGCUUCUAAAAGGCGCUCAUGUUGAUUCUGAUGAGCUUGAGAGCUUGGGGAGAAACAUUCAUAACUCGAUCAAGCUUUAUGACACGCUAUUUCUUCACGGGUCCAAUUCACCGCUGUUCCUCUCUCAGCAAACAACAUUUUCGGAAUUAAUCGGCGCAAAAGCCGAGCUCUGGCCUCGUUUCCUCCCUCAAGAAGUCUACAAAAUGACGGAAACACCGAUGGACAACAAGUAUCGAAUCCCAACUUCUGACAAGCUCAGCGCCGCAGCAAACACUCUGAUAAACUCGAUCACCGAGCGACUAUCAGAGCAGCUUCCAGUUCUUCUCGACCGAGUUUCUAGCGCUCAAACUCUAGCUGUCUACCGCGAUAGCAUCAAUAACUCGAUUUCGCUCAACGCUAAAGAUGCUUUUGCUUCGGACUGGGGAAACAUCGUAGCGAGAGUUUUUGAAUCAGAUGAUCAAAUUCAAAAGGUCCUAUUUGGAACUCUGACAAGUGUUUUUGUCAAGCGUCUUGAGAGCAUCAUCGAAAACGGAGUCAAGGAAAUUCAGCAGAAUUUGCAGCAAAGUAUCAAGGAAAUUCUGUCAGGCGAUGUUCAAAAAUUUGAAGGUGGAAUCGAAGAAUUCAUCUGGAACGAUGAAAACAACCAGGAUGAUUUGAAGGACUCCGAAUGGGCCAAAAAGAACGUUUCUUUGCGAGCGAAAUCGUUUGAUCCCUUCGUUGCGGGACUGGUUAAGAACUGCGCUCAAGAGUUUGAUCGUCUGUCCGAAGACGCGCGCCAAUUCACAAACGACAGAUACGUGCUCAAGAAGUACUGUGAGGAUUUUGUCGAGUCUUACAAUUCUUUCGCGAAGGAGUUGAUUGUGUCUUCUUCGCCCGCGUUAGCCGUUUUCAUCGCCCGCUCGUGCUACACUCUUACUGAGCUCUGCUCGCCGCUUCCGGCUAGUUUGGCGGAAGCGUGGCCGACAGUCAAAGAAAAUUUGAUUGUCACUGGAGACGAGGGGAUCUUGAAAUGGAUGGAAUCGGUUGCUGACCAAACUGCUCAAGUCUAUCACGAGCAGUUUCCAGAAGAACCUGACAAUUUACUGUUGCGUUUGUUGCCCUCUUUGGCGACUCAAGUUGUUUCAGAAGAGAAUGAGAGUGGAUCUAGCGUUGAAUCAAAGAUAGAAGUCCCACAGUAUCUCAGCUAUCCUCUGAUGUGCGCUCUUCACUAUCAGUCCAAUCAAAUAAUGAAAAACGGAAUGCACUCGCUUCGAAAAUCUCAGCAUCGUCAGCUUGUCAAGCUCACCUCUCAAAAAUUAGCGAUCGCGAUGGCUAAAAUUGUCAAUCAAUGGACAGCCAAAGGGUUCUCCGUGAAUCAGCCUGUCGCUCUUCAACUUCUUUUCGACUCCAGAUACCUUUCUGCAGCGACAGAUUCGAUCAUCGAUGCUGAAAUUCAAGAGUUGCAAAAUACUCUCGAGCAAUUGAUCGAUCCAUUUGAUCUUGCUGUAUUAGCACCAAAUAUCACGAAGAACGCUGCCAAGGCUCUUGUAAAGUCGUCUGUCAUCCACGGCGGCUUGGUUGGAAUGAGCGGCAAUAUGAGAAACUCUGCCACGUCCACCGCAUCCGAACAGCACAACAUCCUCAAAGUAACGCAAGUGACGACUCGAUUUUCAUCCCUUCCAGUUCCAUCCCUCCCCAAGCCGACCAUGAGAAAUCUUUCAAAAAAGACCUCCAGCCAAAAACAGCGUGCUAUCAAAGUCGAGGAGGGAAUCACUACGCAAGUCUUUUCCAAAUUCGGUGGUUUUUUCAUGGGCAAAGAGUGA